AUGUGCAGUUCAUCUCGUCUCACCCACAAACAUAACUUCAAUGAUGGCUUAAAGCAUAAAUAUCUUGAGACAAACGACAAAGGAAAGCGCUUUACUUCAAGAUGUAAGAAAUAUGAUUUAUCCGCAACAUUAGGAUUUUAUGUCAUGAGUGGAACAUGUGGGGAUAGAAAUUAUAUGAAUUUAAUGCAAAUGGUUUUUGCCGUCCUAUAUGAGAGGAAACACAAUUUUAGCUACCAUCUAAGGAAUGGCAGCAUAACAAGACAAGACACAUAA